GCCAAACUGCUGGCAGCUGGUGAUCAGCAGAAGUAUCCUGCAGUACUGCACUCUUAACCACUGUGCCACUGUGGUGCAAAUUGCAAAUUUUGUGGUCAGCGAGGCCUGCUUUUCGAAAGGCCAUGGCGGCUGAACAGAGGGCCAGAAGAGCCGAUGGCAUCCCAAGACACAGAGGAGUCAAAGUGGAAGAGCGUCAAAGCGUCAGCCCCCAAGGGGCAGAGGGAACGGACCGUGCGGGGAAACUGCCUCGGGUCCUUCAAGUGGGCACCAUUCGAGAGCUCCUGAAUUGGGCCGCCCCACGGCAAAUGAAGCAGGAGCCCAGGGAGGACUUGCCCGAAGCCUGGGAAGCCCAGUGGCAGGAGUUCCUCGCUGCGCUCCGGUCCUCUCCUCUAGGGGAGGGACACCAGCAGCUGACAGAGGGACCUGCCCCGUGGGGGGACAACAAAGCCUUCUUUGCCUCCUUUGAACGCCUGGCUGGAACCUGCCAGCUGCCCCGCCGGGAAUGGCUGGCUCGCCUGGUGCCCGUGUUGGGCAGGGAAGCCAAGGAGGCCUACAGUAGCCUCAGCCUCCAGGACCGAGGCGAAUAUGCCAAAGUCAAGGCGGCCAUCUUGAAAGGGGACGCCCUCCGGAUGGAGGCGCAUCGGCAACGCUUCCGGCAGUUCCGCUACCACGAAGCCCGGGGGCCUCGGGAGGUGUGCAGCCAGCUUCGGGAACUCUGCCGAGGGUGGCUGAAGCCGGAGAAGCACACCAAGGAGCAGAUGCUAGACCUUCUAGUGCUGGAGCAGUUCCUGAUCCUUCUGCCCCAGGAGAUCCAGAGCUGGGUGAGAGAACAUGGCCCGGAGUCCUGUGCCCAAGCGGUGCCCCUGGCAGAGGCCUUCCUUAUCAGGCAGCAAGAGGCCGAAAGGAAGGGGAAGCAGACUCGGGGAUCUCAGGUGGUAAAUUGGGCUGAGGUGAAACCGUCUUCUGUGGGUGCUGGGCUGAAGCGGAUUCACCGAGAGAUGAAGCAAGAUGCCAGAAUCCUGGACUUGGGGAACUCCAACGGGGAGCAUGCCGAGAAGGCCCUGAACCGAACUACCGAAAAUGGGGUGAAAACUCCCGGCCGAGCCCAGCUGGGCCAGAGGAGCUUCCAAAGUCCCGAGAGCAGGACCACUUUCCGGCCAAGCCCGGCCUUCUUCAAACACCAGCAGGUCCACGCGGCGGAGAGCCCGCACCAGUGCCCAGAUUGCGGGAAGCAUUUUACGCAGCGUUCGAGCCUCACCAUCCAUCGGCGGAUCCACACGGGGGAGAAGCCGUACCCCUGUCCCGAGUGCGGGAAAUGCUUCCGCCAGAGUUCCAAUCUCUUGAAGCACCAGAGAAUCCACUCGGGGGAGAAGCCCCACCGGUGCCCGGAGUGCAGCAAAUGUUUUGCCCAGCGCUCCAACCUGCUGAUCCACCAGAGGACCCACACGGGUGAGAUGCCUUACGUGUGCGCCGAGUGUGGGGCCUGCUUCAGCCAGCACCGGGGUCUGGUCACUCACCAGCGGAUCCACAUGGACGAGAUGCCUUACGGCUACAGUUGCCCGGAUUGUGGGAAAUGCUUCCAGCAGAACUCGGAUCUGACGAAGCACUUGCGGGUCCACACGGGUGAGAAACCCUAUAGCUGCCCCGAAUGUGGGAAGAGCUUCAGCUACAGCUCCAACCUCAGCAAGCACCAGCGGAUCCACACGGGCGAGAAGCCGUAUCUCUGCAACGUGUGCGGGAAAAGCUUCAGCCACUUGUCGACUCGCAAUACCCACCAGCGGGUCCACACGGGAGAGAGGCCGUACGGCUGCACGGAAUGCGGGAAAAGGUUCAUUUCCAGUUCCAAACUCACCCGGCACAUGAGAACACAUUCCAUAGACACUCCUUACAUCUGCAACGAGUGUGGGAGGAGCUUCGGCUCCCAUUCGGCCUUGACCACCCAUCAGAAGGACCACUCGGCUUCUGAGAGCUACAGCGUGGGCGGCCCGUGGGAGGGAGCCGAGCAGGGCCCUAGCGACUUCAUGGGCAGGAUGUCCCCUCUGUGAAUGUGGCGGAGUUAGCCUAUUCCUUAUGAGACUUAUUAGUCAGGGUGCUAGUCCCUCAGGUAUUGGAAUAUGGCAGCCUGUGAGAAUAGAGGUCGGAGGUAUAGAAUUUAAAUGUGGUGGUUUUGGAAGAUAGAAUUAGGCUGAAGAAGAAGAAGAAAAAGAUAGGGUAGUGCAGAGGAUGGGGGCUUAGAUUGUCAAGUUAGUUGUAGGGAGAAAGUAAAGCUUUCUUCGCAGAAGAGAGAGCUCUGAAGCUGGCUGCUCAUUAAACCGGCUUCCCCCAGGCCCCGAGCCAGCAUAUUUUGAGCCUUCCAUUAUUGGUGUAAUCCCCCCCUGCUGUAAUUUAGCUAUCUAAUAGCUCCGUAGAUCCCUCCCUCCAUAUUCAAGAGCAAAUUAUUUGUGAUUAUUGGGCACUUGUAGGUAAUAAGUGAAAAUUCUCUGAUCUCCGAAAGAGGAAGGCUGAGUUAUGAUUCUAAUUUAGCAGCUGAAAGAGAACCACUGUAGUUGUGAAAAAUUGGGCGGGGGGGGGGGAUCCAGAGGGGGACAAAAUCUCUACUUUUGAAGAACUAAAAUGUAUUUUAUAAUAGUGGCCCCCAACCUUUUGGGAAACAGGGACCGGUUCUGUGGAGACAGGUUUUUCCAUGGACUGGAGAGUGUGUGGUUUCAAGUGCUGCCUGCAUUCUGCGGAUGGGGCAUCCGUUUGUUGGCGCGGCCCAAUUUCUGGCAUGUUGUGGCCCAGUGCCGGGUCAGGGACCAGAGAUUGGGGAGCCCUGUUUUAUAGGCUUUUUUUCCCCCUUCCAUUCUCUUCCCUCCUCAUCCUCGGUAUUGCUAAAAUCCAACUUGAAGACAGUGUUAAAAGGUUGUUUGAAUUGACACACCGAAUUAGCACUUGGUUUCGAUGGUGCAGUUAGGAUGAUCAUUGCAGAUUAUGCGCUGUGUCCAGUUUAGGGGUGGUAUUCACUUACCUUCCCUACCGAUUCGCAAAUGUGAGAGCGCUCGGCCUUCCGUGCAUGCACCUUUG